AUGGCCGAACCCACUGGAGCAGUUGAGAGGCUCGCUCUCAUCCGGGAGAAUUUGGCCGAGUUUCUGAACCCUGAGAUUAUUGAGAAGAUUUUGGCUGAAGGGGGCCAUCCCAAGAUUUACUGGGGAACGGCAACAACUGGUCGCCCUCACUGCGGUUACCUGGUUCCUGCUAUGAAGAUUGCCCAGCUCCUGGCCGCUGGCUGCCACGUUACCGUUCUUCUCGCCGAUAUCCACGGGUUCCUCGACAACCUCAAGGCUCCCAUCGAAUUGGUCGCUCUUCGUGCCGAAUACUACCGCUUGAUUAUUUCCUCUAUGCUCAAGGCAGUUGGAGUACCGAUCGAUAAGCUCAAGUUUGUUCUUGGAAGCUCUUACCAGAAAAGCCCUGAAUAUGUCAUGGAUGUCUACAAGCUGGCGUCUGUGGUAUCCGAGCACGACGCCAAGCGAGCAGGAGCCGAAGUGGUCAAGCAGACCGAUAAUGCUCCCCUGAGUGGCCUUCUCUACCCCAUCCUGCAGGUCUUAGACGAGCAGUACCUGGAUGUCGAUGCUCAAUUUGGAGGGUUGGACCAACGAAAACUGUUCAUUGCUGCCAAGGACUGGCUCCCAAGACUGGGAUACCGCGAGCGUGCCCAUCUAUGCAACCCCAUGGUGCCUGGCUUACAAGGCGGCAAAAUGAGCGCAAGUGAACAAGACAGUAAAAUCGACCUCCUUGACUCACCAGAGGUCGUAACGAAAAAGAUCAAGAAGGCCAUGGCCGCCCCUAAGGUUGUAGAAGAGAACGGCGUAUUGGCAUUCGUUGAAUACGUUUUACUUCCUGUCUCGGCCUUGAAGGGAAACCGAGAGUUCCGUGUCGAUCGUGAGAGGGAUGGCCUUGAGCCUCUCGUUUACACAACCAUCGCGCAGAUGCACGAGGACUACAAAAACGACGUGCUGACUCCUCAACUGCUCAAGCCUGCAGUUGCCAAGGCUCUCAAUGAGCUUCUUGCCCCAAUCAAUGAAGCCUUCCAAGCAUCUCCUGAGUGGCAAGAAAUCGCAGAAAAGGCAUACCCUGCCCCGGUUAAGGAAAAGAAGAAGAAGGUCAAGGAUAAGGGAACCCGCCACCCUGGCGCACAACAAAAAGAGCUUCCAGUUCGCCCCGCCCCCAAUGCCGAGCAAUAG